AUGUCCAUGUUGCCGUAUCGUGUGUUGUAUCUGUUGGCCCUACUGUUCUGCUGUGUGGGUGUGACUCAUGCUGCUGUUCAACCACAUAUGAAAAGUUUUCUGGAGGAAUCAGAGAAGAAGGCCAAGGAGACUUGGAGACUGAAAGAGGAGUGUGAGAAAGCCACCAGGGCUGCUGAAAAGGCCGCGGAGAAAGCUAACGUUUUUGCUGGGAACAUUAAGGCAAAAGUCAAGGCUCUUGCUGCUGACCCAAAAAUGGUGGAGAAAACGAGGAGUGAAGGUCGUGAACUCAUUGAAAACGCAAGGAAGGCUGCAGCUGAAGCAAGAAAAGUGGCCGACCAAACUAAAGCCAGUGCAGAUGUCACUAUAUUUAAAGGCUCGUCUGCUCGUAAACAAGCACAAGAGCAUUACAAAACAGCAACGAAAGAAGCUGAGAAGGCCAAAUUUGCUGAUAUGAAAACUACUGAAAAAGCCAUCCAAGCAGCUGAGGAUGCAGAAAAGGCGGUAAGUACUGCUAGAAGAUUUGCCGACACUGCGGACGCUGCUAUCACUAAUGUGGAGGAUGCCAUUAAAAAACUCGACGCCGAAGUUACUGCUGCAGCUGAAAAGAAAAAGAAAGAACAGAUGAAACAGGAGAAUGAGAAACAGGUGGAGUCUCAGGGACAGAAACAGACAAAGGAUCCAUCUCUUGCUGUGCAGCAAGGCCAAACAGCAGGAAAUAAGACGGAGCAAACACAGUCACACACGCAGGAACCACUGCCAACAAAUGAAGGAAGUGUUACUAUGGGUACACACGAAACCAGUGGUUUACUCAACACAGUGGAAGUGAAUGGAACCCACUUGGAGGAGGGACACCAUAUCGAUGCGGAAGAAAGUAACACCUCUGAGCAUCAUCAUAACGAGGAAGGAGGUUCACGACAGAAAAUGGGAGUAAUGAGUAGUAUACAUAUUAUGGAAGAAGGAGCAGAGAAAACUCAUACCUCUGUUAAGAUGGAAGAAUUAAAAGAACUACAUACCGUGCCUCCUCAUGCUGCUGAUGCAUAUGAGAAAAGGACAAAUAUGAUGGAGAGAAAGAAAACCUCUGAGCAUCAUCAUGCACAGGAGAAAAAAGAAGAGGUGCGUAACAGUACGGACCAACGAUCACAUGAAAGAAGUGAGGCAGAAGAUAUGACUGAAGAUUUGCACACACCACAGGCACAGACACCACAAGGAAACCUAUCAGAGAACCAGACUCACAGUGGCAGGGUAUUGCGACAAACUCAGUAUCCUUCUUAUCCUUAUUCUUCUGAUACUCCUAAUCUUCGUGAAAUGGCUGCCAAUGCUCUUCUCAAGAGUGAUGCACUC